AACGUUUAAUAUCGGUUUAUUUUCUUUAAAAAAAUAUAUACGCUUUCUAACAUUUCUAUCGGGGGACUCCCCGGAUUAAAAAUACCAUCGAAGCGCAAGCGCGGGACGAUAUAUUAUGAUGUCACAGAGAGGAAGACGUCUAUACGCAAGCGCGACGGGAUUUUCCCGGUAGAGGUAUAAAAAGUAGAACCGUCGUCGGCCCCGUGUUUGUAACGGCAUUUAUAACGCUAUUCGGAGGCGAUUUUGCUCGAUUUAAGCGAAGAAAAACGAGAUGGUGUAUCUAAUAGAAGAUUUUAUUAUACCGUCGCUACAAAGUGGAAGAUUUGGGAAACUUCUCAAGUGGGACGACGAAAAAAACAGAAUAUUUAAAGUUUCCGUCUGUCAUAAACGUAGCGGCGAAUGGUCGGAGGAAGACUGUCGGGUGUUUGUGGAAUGGGAUAGACUAAACAAACGGGAAGAUAAAACGGAGAGAAAUUUCUAUACAAAUUCCAGAGGAAGAUUCAUUAAUGCGUUGAACAGAUUAAAAGAAAAAGUGAAACAGAUCCCCUCUCCGUUGAAAAAGAAGUAUAGACUUUAUCAACUGAUAAAUUACGAAAUGACUGAAACGGAAGAACUGGCAGAACUGCAGAGAAGUGUAAACCAACAAAGUUCCUUGCAGACUGGAGAAGAAAUAUCAAUCGUUUCGACGGAAGAAUACGAGCAACUUCCCGAACUAGACGAAAGAAGUUUAUUUCAUGAGCUAAAUGAAUGGUCAGACCAUUCGGGUAGUAGUUCAGAAUGCUCUUCUGUGCUGUCCGAAAAUGAAGAUUUGUUGAAUUCGCCAGCGUCAAACGACACGCAAUAUGGCUUAUCUCCUCUGCCUUCAGAGUCGGAAAUGUAUUUAGAUUUAAUGCAGUUUAUUGAAGAGCAGUUGAAUUUUUCAACAGAUACGAGUUCGGGAAGCGAGCAAGAUUUAGAUAAUCUUCGGACGGAUCUCUUGACAGAUGAUAAUAUAUUAUUGCACGAUCCUCUUCUUUCUGAGAAUAAUCCAGGCAAUAUUGGUUUAUUUUAUGAAAAUGGCAUCAUCUCUGAUAAUAGACCGGAAAAUCAGUCAGGGAAAAAUGAAGUAAACAUCUUUGCGGAAUUUGAGAGUCCCGACUUUAGUACGUUGCAGUUAUUUGAAGAACUAACACCGAAUGCGAGAGAAUGAAGGAGACAUUCCCACUGGAGAGAAACAGUUGAGAAGUUCACAAAACAGUUAAAAGAAAAUUAAUUAUUUAAAAGACAAUUUAUGCCGUUUUAAUAUGGGUAUAGAACUUUAUAAUUAGUGAGUCAAGCUUAUGUUCUGGUAGUUUAUCUUUGAAUGAUAGCUUAUUAUGACUCGUUACCUGUUGAAAAUGAGUUAAAUUCUUUUAAAAUUUGGCAAUAAUUUUAUUAGAAAGUCAUUUAAGUUUAGAAUAGUUAAAAAAAAAUUAUAUAUGUUAUUUUGAAUUCCGAAUCUGUAUUUGAUAAUGACAAAUCCCAAAAUUCAUUUUUAUCAAGUACAGAUUCAGAGAAACAAAACUAAAAAUUGUACGAAUGACGUUUGGAAAAUAAGAAAUUCCUUUAUAAAUCUUUACAAAGUGUAUAAAGAAAUUUGCCUUAUUUUGCAAACCCUGGCACAGGUUACGCCAUUAAUUCUCAACUUUACAAGAUUUAAGUGUGCGAAACAUUUAUAAUUUUAUUCCACUUUGCUGGUAUACAGAGUGAUCAAAUGAAAACAAAUUCACGAGAGUGCUAAGUACCUAUAACACGAAGAGUUAGUUAACUCUAAGAACCAGCAACGCUCGGCUACACAGAAUGGCCUAAACGCCUCGCCCCACCUCUCGGAUGUGGCACGGGGCGUUUAGACGAGUGCGGUUCUGUUUUCGACCGCUCACUCGGUGUUUACGAAUUAUUUUAAUUAUGAAAUGUAAUUGAAUUAUAAAGUAUAAUAACACCAAUUUCUUCUUUUUCGGCGCACGUAAUCGCCGAUAUUCCCUAUUGCGGAGCCACGUCGGCAGAUCCUCGAUAACCGUUGCGUGGAUCGUUUAGAGCCGAGUUCGUUCAAAAGUAAUAAGGAAUGUCGGCGGUUUCGUGGUCGAAUAAAGCAAAAAUUGGUGUAAUUUUACUUUAUAGUUAGAAUUUCCCGAAACCGUUGUUAAUGAAUUGUUUCGGAAUGCAAAGAUGAUAUUUGAGUGGGAUUUUAUCCGUUGCUCUUCAGUAGAUAAAUGCCUUAGUAUUCGACAAGCCUGUUAUCGUAUUUUCUGCUUUAUGUUACUCGUUCUGAAAAGUAAGUGAUAAAUAUCUCCACUCAAAUGAUUCAUCCUCGCAUUCCGAUGGAGUUCACUGACAAAAUUUCGUGAAAUUCUAAUCUAAAAUUUGCGUAUUUUUAAAUUAUGAUAUAUAUUCAAAAUAUAUGAAAAAUGUUCCAUAAUUAUGUUCGUGCGAAAUGUUAAUUAAUUGUGAUUAAUCUAAUUUUAAUUAUAAAAAUUGUGCAUUUAUUUUAUAAUUUAUGCACUCAGUCAAUUGGUAUGUAUUAAAUACGAUAAAGUAAAAUUUAGUCAAUAAUCAGCGUGUAUGUUAUGGAAGAUACAGACCAUUUCGAGUAGGUCUUCAUUAAAAAGUAUUUUGAUUUUCUGCUUGUAAUUACAAAAUUUAUACAAUAGAACAGUGUUUCUCAACCUCUAACGAAUCGUCGCCCCCUUCAACGUAGUAUCGCCCC